AUGUCGGCAAUUACAACACUGAAUCCCAAAGCAGAAAGUGCUCGUCAAGCACAAGCUUUAGCAAUUAACAUUUCAGCAGCACGUGGUUUAGCAGAAAUGCUCAAAACAAAUCUAGGUCCAAAAGGAACAAUGAAAAUGUUGGUGUCGGGCGCUGGUGAUAUUAAGAUAACCAAGGAUGGCAACACACUUCUUCAUGAAAUGCAAGUUCAACAUCCAACUGCAUCAUUGAUUGCUCGUGCUGCAACUGCUCAAGACGAUAUCACUGGCGAUGGAACAACAUCGAUUGUUCUUUUGAUUGGUGAACUACUCAAACAAGCCGAUCUUUACAUCUCCGAAGGUCUCCAUCCUCGUAUUGUCGCAGAAGGAUUUGACUUGGCUAAGAAAGAAGCAUUACAAAUUCUUGACAAAUGUAAAAUACCGAUCACAACAGAUCGUGAGACACUUGUUCAAAUAGCCCGAACAUCCUUACGUACCAAAUUAUCUGCUGAAAAUGCCGACAUUCUCACUGAUAUUGUUGUUGAUGCUAUCUUAGCGUUAUACGAACAAGGCAAACCAGUUGAUUUGAAUAUGGUCGAAGUCAUGGAGAUGCAACAUCGUACCGAAGCUGACUCUCGUCUGGUGCGUGGCAUUGUUUUAGAUCAUGGUGGCCGUCAUCCGUCGAUGCCAAAAGCAUUGAAAAAUGCUUUUAUUCUAACAUGCAAUGUUUCACUCGAAUACGAAAAAACGGAAGUUAAUGCCGGAUUCUUUUAUAAAAAUGCCGAAGAACGUGAUCGUCUUGUUGCAUCCGAGCGUAAAUUUAUUGACGAUCGCGUUCAAAAGAUUGUUGAAUUAAAACGCAAAGUCUGCUCGGGCGAUGAUAAAGAUAAAUCAUUCGUUGUUAUUAAUCAAAAAGGCGUUGAUCCAUUUUCAUUGGACGUUCUCGCUAAAGAUGGUAUUCUCGCUUUAAGACGUGCGAAACGUCGUAAUAUGGAACGCAUAACUUUAGCAUGUGGUGGCGAAGCAAUGAACUCAGUUGAGAAUUUAACAAAAGAUUGUCUCGGUUUCGCUGAAGACGUCUACGAACAUGUUUUGGGCGAAGAGAAAUUUACGUUUAUCGAGGGUUGUAAAAAUCCGAAAUCCGUAACAGUACUACUCAAAGGUUCUACGAAAUACAUAUUAAAUCAAUUGAAAGAUGCUCUUCGCGAUGGCCUCCGAUCUGUUACCAAUGCUCUUGAAGACAGUUGCGUUGUGCCUGGUGGCGGUGCAUAUGAAAUUAUUGCUCACCAAGCUCUCACUCAGUACAAAGAACAAGUUAAAGGUCGUGCCCGGUUAGGUGUUCAAGCAUUUGCCGAAGCUUUGUUAAUUAUUCCUAAGGCGAUUGCGCAAAAUGCGGGACAUGAUCAACAGGAGACAAUUGUUAAACUUCAACAUGAAUAUGCAACAUCAAAAAUUCCCGUUGGCAUCGAUAUUGCCACGGGUGAAGCUAUGGAACCGAAAUCAUUAGGUAUACUUGACAAUUAUCGUGUGAAAAAGCAAUUGAUUCACUCGAGUACAUCGAUUGCGACCAAUUUAAUUCUUGUCGAUGAGAUUCUUCGCGCUGGCUUAUCAUCAUUACGUCCAGGUGGACAAUAA